AUGGACCUGACGGAGCAGACGCCGGGCGACAGGGAAACCGACCAACGAGCUCAAUGGGAAGAGGAGAUUGCCUCCGUUGCCCGUGUUUUGCAGGGUUUGACCGACAAACACAGCUUGGAGCCCGGCCAUCUCACGCCAGCGGAGAGAGAUCCAAGUCUGACCAUCGAGGACAUGGGCGCAAAAGUUAAAAUCUGGAAGAAGCUGCAUUCGAUCCUCCUCCCUUCAAUCCAAGACCAGCUCACCUUGCUUCUAAACUCACUCGACCUAAUCGAUCCCACGAAGAACCCAACACCAGUCACCAAUCCAACUCUGGAGAUCUUAUCAAAUCUCGAUAAAACUUUAGAGAGUACUGUAUCGGCUGUCGUCUCCCUCACUCUUGAAUCACCUCUACCAGACGAAAAACAUGAUCAUGGCCUACAGAAUUUGAAGGUCUUUCGAUGCUCUUAUCUACGAAAGAAAAUCCAGCGGCUGCUAGGACACUAUAUCUAUGCCCAGUUAUUCCCCGAUCGACUUACAGGCUUCAUCCGAUGGUGCGCUAUCGCAAAUAGCAAUGGCGAAAAUCUUCCGGUUUUGGAGGAGGAAUCCGAUCUGAGGAAGAGAAUCGAGGAAACUAUAUCUCGUUCCAACAAGCUCAUCGCGCGAACGAUCACAUGGUGCCGAACACCCGACUGGGCUGUCAUCGACCAAGCUUGGAUAGAAGCAUCCGAGACACUUGAUCAUCUCCUGUUGGUCACUUCCCGAACCAGCCGCACGAUCCAAUCGACACCGGAGUCUGAUCCCGACGAGAGCAGCGUGAUAGUCGCCGGAAGAGAAUUGACAGUCAAAGUGGCCAAGUCAGCCAUAUCGCUUGUGAAAUUAGCAAGAAUCUUGGUCAACAAAACCUCGCAAGAGAUCUUGAAGAAAGUGAUAUCAACGUGGGGUACAACAACACUAGAGCUGAACUCUGAGAUAAUCGAGCGGCUACAACAAAGCCCUCAAUUCAUCGACGGUCUCCAGCGAUUGUCCGUCCUCUUGCGCUUUCUAAGUUGCGCACCUCGAGAAUUGCGUUUUGUCCAUCAACACAUUCAUUCUUCGGUCCAAGACCUUCCAAAGGACAUCGAAUCCACCCUAGCCGUUCUAGAUUCGGUUCUGAUUCCCCUUCUGGACCCAAUUGAACAUGAUUCUCCCGAGCCUUGCUUGAAAUCUUUCCUCCCGGACUUGAAACAAUCUUGGGAUACAGCAAGUCGCCAUUUAAUGGGUGUUAUAUCAUCCUUUGAAAUUGAACACAUAGCUAUUUGA